UAGUAAACACUGUUUCCACUCUCCAUUAUGCCGUUGUCUUCCCCCACUACCUUUUGUCUCCUUCUCUCCCUUUCUCUCUCCCUGUCUGAGAUUUUAACCUAGAUCAAACGGAACAACGAUCCAUGUUGUGAGAAAAGCGUGAGCCACAGAGACAAAAAAAUCGACCAAACAUCUCAGGCACAGUUCGAAUCAGAUAAGGAAUGGUCUAAGGUUGUUAUCAGUGAUAGCGAACUUGGAUCUGCCAUCUACAUUCAUCACCGAUCGACACCGCUGCUGAAGAACAACACUCGUGAACUUCACCAACACACUUCAACUCUCACUCGUCACUCUCGUGUGUUCUGCUUUUUCGGCGAUUCAACACCUUUGAGCAAUGGGGGUUUGAAGUGGUUUCCUUGCUUUAGCUAGCUAUCUGAGGAGAAAUUGACUUGUUGAUCUAUGAGAUUAUAAUUCUCAUUUACAAAGCAUGGAUAAAGUUUCGUCAGAUUGCCCAUACCCGGGAUGCUUCUUUUGUGUUAUGAAGGAGGGGAAUCCGAGCAAGCGUAGAGCGAGUGUACUCAAAUUCUUUAGAGAACUUCCAUGUCAGGAUGAUGAUGGUCAGGUUCUCCCUAUCAGUGGCCUUUGGAACACGGCAAUGGCGCAUCCAAAUGACCCUGAAUUCAUAGAGCUAGGAAUAUUUGAAUGCAUGUCUGCCCUAAUAUGGAAAGGACUGAAAAAUCGUCGCUGGCUUUCGCAUGACCAAAAUAUCUACAUCCCUUAUUAUGCAGCUCAUAUCAUUGGUUCCUACACAAUGAAUAUGGAAGAAUUUGCAGAGAGUUCUGUUCAUGCUGGGGUUAUUCCUCCUCUGGUUGAGCUGUUAAGAGGUAGAUUAACCUGGGUGGAGCAGAGGGUUGCAGUUAGAGCUUUGGGACAUUUAGCUACAUAUCCCAGCACUUUUCCUUCUGUAGCAAGUCAUGGUGAAAUUCUUGAACUCUCCAUGCAAUUAGCAAUGAGUUCCCUGGAAAUAGUUUAUUCACACUUUUACCAAUAUGUUGAUAGAAGGUUAAGUUAUCACUGUGAUCUGCUUACACGCGGUAUGGGUGGUGUUGAAAUGGAGUCCAGGAAGGCUGAGGAAUGGGCUAGUCAGUUACAAUGUUGGUCCCUUCAGCUCAUCAAUUGCUUUGCUUUUAAACCUGAAUUUCUUCCUACGAUAUGCAAACCUGAAUUUCUGAACAAACUACCUGGCAUGUGGGGUGGACUUGUUAAUGAAAAUUCACCAGCUGGCAUUGGUUUAUUAAGAACAAUUUGUCAUCAAAAGCUUGGAAGGGGACCAGUGGCCAGUUGCCCUGGUAUUAUUGAAGCAUUAUGUAAUAUUGCUCGGUCUACAGAUGAUUGGCAGUAUAUGGCUAUUGAUUGUCUUCUAUGUUUGCUUCAAGAUCCCAACAUAUGUCACAAGGUGGUUGAUAAAGUUGUGCCUGCAUUAAUUGAUCUUGCUGAGAUUACUACUCUGGGUGAUCAUAAAAAGCUUGGCGAUUCCAUUGUUAAUGUUCUUCAAGAUUGCAUCCAGUCGCAAGGGUCAGGAAGAAGCUCAAUCAAUAGUCGCACUAAAGAACAGGUGGAGGAUAUAUUAAAUUCAAAGCAGAGAUUAAAAUGGGAAAAGAAUAUGCCCAAGGAAGAUCUGCACAUUAAGCAGGCUGCUGCACUGGUAGUCAAGCUUGAAGGAAAUUCCCUGUUCUCAUCUGGAAAUAUUGCUGGGGCUGCAUCAAAGUACUCUGAAGCAUUGGCAUUGUGUCCAAUGAGAUCCAGGAAGGAGAGAGUUGUUCUAUAUAGUAAUCGUGCUCAAUGCCAUCUUUUGCUGCAACAACCUUUGGCUGCUAUAAGUGAUGCUACUCGUGCACUGUGCCUACAUAAACCUGUCAAUCGUCAUGCCAAAAGCCUCUGGAGACGAGCACAGGCUUAUGACAUGCUUGGGUUAGCGAAAGAGAGUUUAUUAGAUGCUAUUCUAUUUAUAAAUGAGUGCUCGCAAUCAAAUGAUCCUGAUCUCUCACUGAGGCAAAAUAAAGUUCCGGAUUAUGCUGAGCGAUUAGUUAAGAAACAGAUGCGUGCUGCAUGGUUAUUUCGAGAUGCAGCUAUCAAGCAUGGUGGUGUCCAUAAUCAGGGGGAUGGUGGUGAUAUAUAUGGCCCAGAGACUGAUGAUUCUGAAUGGGAGACAGCUAGUGAAAGUGAUAUAGGUAAUGAUGGAAGAGAUGAUAUGGGUGAUGAUGAUGAUGAUGGUGAUUGGAAUAAUGAUGAUGAGAGGAAAGAUUAUGACAAACCUUCAAUAAAAGAAUUGAAGCAUGGAUACAAUGUGCAGCUUGCGGAAGAAGAACCAUGAGAUAAGCAGCUUUUGGCUUCUGUUACUGUUCCAACUAUGCAUAAUUUGAGGGUUUAGAAGGAAAAAUGCUAAGUCGCUCCAGUGUAAGUGGAGGGUUGAAAAUGAUGACAGUUUCUGGUUAUUUGAGGUUCAGAAUUAAUUUAUAUAAAGUUUUCCAUAUUUCAUGUUUGUUUUGUUCUCCCAUUUUUCUUGUCAAGUGGAAAAAAUGAAGUUUUCAAGUUUGGAGAACUACAUAGCAUUUGGAGUUUGUGAAGCA